CUGUGUGUGUGUUGUGACUUGUUUUCAUGUUGCUAUGCAGGGCUAAUGGGAACGAAAAAUAUAUGACAACAGUGCUGCAACGAGAGGAAAAGUGAUUUUUACAAUAAUAUACCAAGAAUAUGGCAAGUUAUCUCAGGGACGAAGACCGCCAUGGUCUUCCAUCAAUACGAAAACAUGGAUUUUUAGACACACAACCUUCUCCAAGAAGAAUAACGACGAUAGAACAUGACAUCGUUCAUACAUCACCGGUGGCAGUGUCUAGAAUACUGGCAUCUGAAUCCAGCCUUCAUCACACUAGACCACAGUCCCCAAAUCGCCGGCAGUUGACAGAGAUGCAAGAACAAAUUAGAUUAUUGAAAGAAGAAAAUCAGAAAAAAGAUGCCCUAGUUCAACAGUUGUCAAGCAUGGAUGCAAUACCAAAAGUUCAAAUAAGAUCUUCAGCUGACACAUUACGACAUGACACAAUUUAUCUUGGAGACAGACAUGCUGUGGAGACUGCAAGGAGUGAAUUAGCAGCCCUUCAAGUCAAAAAUGAUAAACUUAUCAUACAGAUACGAGAUUAUGAAGGUCAGUUAGAAGCAAAAGAAAUCAAGAUAAGGGAACUGAAGUCCUUAUAUGAAACCAGCAAAGAAAACGAGGCCAAGCUUACAAAAAUGUUAGAGUCACAUAGGCAGCAGAUUAUAGAACUCGAGGGUAAAGCCGGGUCUUACGAGACUGCCGUGGGGCGGAGCGAGUUCACAGUGGUCGAACUACAACGUCAAAUCCGAGAGGGAAACGACAAAAUUCUGGAUUUGGAAUCAAGAAUCAGGAAACACCUUGAGGAGCGGGAGAGGAUUGAGAUGGAAAUGCAGACAGUAGAGAAGAAAUACACAGAGCUGGUCACACAACUGACCAGUAUCAUUGCUGUGGAUGACAUGUCUAGUGCUACAUUCACUGUGGAAGAAAUAGUCAGAAGGAUGACUGAUCUGGUGCAAGAAAAUGCUUUGCUCAAGGGUAAAAUUGUGACACUGAAUGAAACGUUAAACAGCACACAAUUAGAGAGCAAAGCCAGCCGGGAGACCAUCAUGAGGCUGGUGUCAGAGGUCGGCAAGGAGCAAAAGGUCGCCACAAGAUUCACGUCAGAGAUCGAUAAUCUCAGACUGGAAAGAGAUACAGCUUUGACGGAGAAGAGGAACAUGGAACGGGAAAUGGCAAUGAUGUCAGAGAGACUGGAUGCUAACCAGAGAGCUCUGGAGGCAGCGAGGUCAGAACUCGAGUUGAAACAUUCCAGACUGAGUACACUCGAUCGUGAGUACAGAAUUAACUCAGAGGAUGUCAGGAAGAUUCAGACUGAGGCUCAUCUCUUCCGGGAGCAAGUUGCUUCCAUCUUGUCUUCUGUUGAUGAAAGAUGUGACAUUUCAAGUGACUUCAUUUUGAACCGAAUCAAGACUGUUCUUGCAGACAACCGAGAUCUGGUUGUGAAAGUGGACUCACUUGAAGAAAGGAUCAAAACUUUAACAGAGCAGCUGGAGACUCAGUAUGAGUUACAUAAGACGGCAGCUCAUCGGGCCCGUAAGGCCGAGACUGAUCUCCUGAGUUUGGAGGAAAGACUACGCAGCGCAGAGGGAGAGUUGGCAGCAGGAGAUGUUCUGAGGGACGAGUUCAAGUCAGACAAAGGAAAGUAUCUGAGAGCCUUACAAAGAUUAGGAGAAAAAAUGAAGAUGGACCGCAUUUCCAUCGACCUUGGUCUGGACAUGACCAUCGAAGCUCUGAUCGCAAGAGCGGAACAGCUAGUCAAAUUGGAACAAGACACAAUUGUGGACAAAUCUACUCACAUCUACAACCUUCAGCGCAAGGUCAAGGCCCUCAAGGAGCAGCUAGAAAGCAAAGACCUUCACCUUGAUCUUUUGAGGAAGAAAAUGACAAAUCUGGAAGAGAAGCUUAUUGGAAAAACAGAGAUUGAGAAGGAGAGAGACACUGAGACCUUCAAAAUCAGAAAACUUGAGAAACUGAUAGAGAAAUACAAAAUCCAGAUCACAGAUCUUAAACACGAGAACACAAACCUUAAGGCACAACUCUUAGGAUCCAGUGAAAUUCAGAUGAGGACCAUGGAACAGAGGAAGGAAAUUGAGGAGUUGGUGGCUCAGGUUGAGGAACUGGAGGAUGUGAGGAAGAAGCAGGCUCACAAGAUCAAGCACCUUAAAGACGAGAUCGAGAUCUCUACUCAGCAGGGCCAGGAGAAGAGGCUCGUGUCUGAUAACGCAGUACAGGCCCUCUCCAGCGAGCUCAGGACCAGCAAGAACGCCCUGAAUGCAAUACAGAACAGGGAAAAACAGCUUUUGGACUUCCGUAAUGUGGUAUCUAGAAUGCUUGGUCUUGACAUCAACACACUUGCUGUGCCUGAUUACGAGAUCAUCUCUCGAUUGGAGAAAUUGAUCCAGGCCCACCACACUCAUGCUUUUAACACCCUGAGCAUGGAAGAAGCUCUAGCAGACAUGGAAGAUGGAUUUCUGAGUGGUUACGAAGACUACCGCAGGACAUUGGGAAACACAGAAGCCUCCAACUUCCGUCGCUCACGUGAGCGAGUCAAGAGGAAAGCAGCUCGUGCUCGAGCACGCUCACUCUCACCAACCCGAUCACCAACCCGCAAAGUCGACCCCAGAGUGUACUGAUCAAAUUGUUGGAAAGAAUGAAUUUUUAAAACAGUAGCGAGAUUUUCGGAUGUAGCUUUUCAGACAGAAUUUUCCUUCCUCAGACGUUAUUUUUUAAAAAAGGAAAAUGCAUUUAAGUCCUAGUUAGAAUUUUCCUUUUAUGGAAGUAGAGAACUAAAAAUAUUGCAAUCUGUAAAAGUAACAUUUUUGAAUAUAUCGUAGAUUUAUAUUUUUCCCAAUUUCGGACCAUCCUUUUUUAACAAUCAUUUCAGCAUAUUCAAUCAAAUGUGACUCUAAGAUCAGCCUGGCAUUCUUUCCUUCAUAGUGGUUUAUGUAGUAAUUUACAUAUAUUUAUACAGGAGCCAUGCUUUAGUGAAAAGGGCAUCAGUGUUUUUUUCAAUGAAUUUUAUCAGGUAUACAUGUCAAAUGAAUCUUUUGUUUCUUUUGUAUGUUAUGCUUUUUAGGAGAUUUUUCUUUAAUUGUUGUUUAAUUGGUGUCUGUGAUAAAAUGGAAAAAUCUCUCGAAGAUCUCAAAAUUCUAUAACAAAGAAAAUAUGGUCUGUGAAAAAUAUAUACAUUUAUAAAUUUCCUAAAUAAGAGUAAGAAAGAAUUUACAGUUUUUAAUCAUCUUGAUUUGGAUGAUAAUGAAAAGGAAUGAAAGUUUUCCCCAAUCCAUUACAAUUUUGCUCAUUUAGUCAUUUUUACAUUUUAUGCGAUUUUCCUCAUUGUUAAGUUAGACGGUAUAUUAUAUAAUUGGUGGUUGUUAAUGCUCUUUGUAGUUGCCCAAUAUGUGUCAAAAGUUUUUGUA